UAACAGCCAUUUUCUUAAGGAACUAUCCGCCUCCUCUCCGUGCUUCUACCUACGGGUGGGGUGCGGGGGAACGUAUUUGCGGCUGCACUCACUUCCUGGUUACGGGAUUGUCCAGCCAUGAGUUUUGAGUGGCCUUGGCAGUACAGUUUUCCUCCCUUCUUUACGCUACAGCCCAAUGUUAAUACUCGACAGAAGCAGCUGACAGCCUGGUGCUCCUUGGCGCUGUCUUACUGUCGUCAUCAGAAACUCUACACACUGGAUGUAAUGGAGGCCCAAGAGAGCCCAGUCUUCAACAACAAGAAAAUACAGAGGAAACUCUCAACAGACACUAUUCAAGUUAUAUUUGAAGAGCUCAGAAAAAAAGGGAACUUGGAGUGGAUAGAUAAAAACAAAACACGUUGUUUGAUAAUGUGGAGGCGACCAGAAGAAUGGGGAAAAAUUAUAUAUCAAUGGGUUUCAAAAAAUGGAAUGACAAACUCUGUGUUCACACUAUAUGAGCUCUCCAAUGGAGAUGACACUGAAAAUGAAGAAUUCCAUGGUUUGGAGGAUUGGAUGCUGCUGAGAUCACUUCAAGCCUUACAGCUGGAGAGAAAAGCAGAAAUUAUUACUCUCGAUGACAGCAAAGGUGUCAAGUUCUUUUGAUGUUUUCUGUGACUGCAGACUGAUCCCCUGAGCGGAUGUCACAUUAGUUUCAUGAGGUGGUGAUGGUGGUGGGGGGUGGGGAGAGGACACGAUACAGUUCUAUCGGGAGGCUUAUGUUUAUAAUAUUAGGCUAAUGCCUUUUUUUUAUUUAAUAUACAGAAUAAAUUAUAAAACUUGUCUGUCAGACUCCCAACUGCAAUAAAAGUAUUUUCCAGCGCCACCAAAAAUAUAUAUAUAUAAAAGACGGCUUCCUUGUUUGUGUGCUUGUACUGCAGCAGACGAUCUAGUUAUACUGAAAAAGCAGCGGUGAGCUGGAACCUCAUAAUGGUUAAACACACUUAACGGGAGGGAGCUGGUGGAGGCUAUACUGCUGUACAUUUGUCUGUUUGAAAAGUGAUAUCAUGUUUGACUACCUUUUUUUUGGCGAUGGCCUAAAGCAAAAAAAAAAAAACAGCUAUGUAAUGUUUUUGCCGCCUGUAAAGUUUUAAUGUAUUAUAUUAUCUAUGGUAUUUAAUACACAAGUGUACAUACUUAGAAUAUAAGUAAGUGUACAUGCAUAUAUAUAUAUAUAUAUAACAAUUAUACUUAUUUGUUUGAUUCUGUGUUUUUUCUCCAUUUAAAUGAUACAACGUUGUUAUAGUCUGGAGUGAAAGAGCUCACACAAGCAAUAACACAGGUAUUUUGUAUGGCACUGCAUUUCAAUUUGAAUAGGUCCAAACCAUUCAGGGUUUUUUUUUUUGGUUUGUUUUUUACUUUAGGCUGUCAGUAUUGUAUAUAGGACUUCUAAGGAAGUCUUACACCUACUUGCAUUAUGUCUUAAAGGGUAAGUUAAUGUAUAGUCCUUAUUCUGAAUUUACAUUGUGUUUCAUUGUAGGUGCUUUCCCAGCACGCUGGUGUUGAGAGAGUGUUGAGUUUUAAACGGUGAUAUGUGUGUUAAUCACAAACGCUACAUUCAAAUAGCCUCUGUCUGCUAAACUACACACUGUACAGCAUAUCCACUCUCUAAAGAGUGGUGAUUGCAUGUUUUUACUUGGCCUGUAAAGUGAUAUAAUGCUGACAUAUAUAAAAUAUACUGUACAACGGAUACUGUUGGGUGCUUUGGUGGUGGUAGGGAGUAAGAACACACAAUUAAAACGUGCUUGUUUUAUUUAUUUGAGUA